GUGCAGGCGUGCGCUGCGCGUGCUGACGUCACAAAACGGCGGCGCGGCUAUAAGAACGCGACCGGAGGACGAGUGCGCCUCUUUCUCGGUUACCGGAGUGUGCGCUCAGGCGCAAACGGGCAAGUAGAGCCAGCAUGCCGGUGGCCCGGAGUUGGGUUUGUCGCAAAACCUAUGUGACGCCGCGGAGACCCUUCGAGAAGUCCCGCCUCGACCAAGAGUUGAAGCUGAUCGGCGAGUAUGGGCUCCGGAACAAACGUGAGGUCUGGAGGGUCAAAUUCACCCUGGCCAAGAUCCGCAAGGCUGCCCGGGAGCUGCUGACCCUGGAUGAGAAGGACCCGCGGCGUCUGUUUGAAGGCAAUGCCCUGCUGCGGCGCCUUGUCCGUAUCGGGGUGCUGGACGAGGGCAAGAUGAAGCUGGAUUACAUCUUGGGUCUGAAGAUUGAGGAUUUCUUGGAGAGACGCCUGCAGACCCAGGUCUUCAAGCUGGGCCUGGCCAAGUCCAUCCACCAUGCCCGUGUGCUGAUCCGCCAGCGCCAUAUCAGCCCUCGGAGUGAUGGUGUGAGCUCACCUUGAGGGUACAGAUUGACCCCCUACAAACAGCUCGUGGGGGAACUGGGGCCAGCCUCAUCCCCCACCAUAGCCCCGCGCAAGGGUCACUGCGGCUGGAGCCGUACACCUUGCGAAGGCUUCUACCAAGCGUGCAGGGCUGGACAGGUAACGGCUCUUGGUGUCCAGUUGAGAGGAGUCAUUGGGGCUUAACCGACUUGGAGGGGUUUGGCUGUGUAGUGGGCCUUAUGAAGCCAUUCCAGGCGCUGAUCGCCACAGUGCACUCUCCUGUUGGCCUUUACUUGGUGAGUUCACACAGGCCAAGGUCUGAUGUGCGUGGUGGCAGUUGCCACAGUGAAGACCAGAGGCCAGAUAGGUCUAUCAGUUUGCCCUUUCUGUAAAUUGGGCACCAUUCAUGGGAGCUGUGUAGUAAGUGGGCAGGACACAGGCAUGCUGAAUUUCUGCCGCAGCCUUGCAUUAGCCCCGUGACCCGUGGGCAGGAGCCUCUCAGGCUGCUUGUCUGAAAUGAAACAGCCCCAUCCCUCGCGGGUUGCUGCUCCGAAGACGAUGGAACUGCAGCUGCUGAUGAAGCUCAGUGUGGCGCACAGCUGAGAGUAUUCAGAGUGUCUGGCACAGUUCUGUGUAUUUGAAAAGCAGAUCUUGGGUGCAUAUCCUGCCACUUGACCUUGUUCACUCUGGUCUUGUGGGUUCUUUCUGGAUUUCUCUGCCUUCUGUAAGGUGUGAAUAUAAAGCUGGGUGCAUUUGUGUGAGUUAGGUGAUGCCUGGAAGCUCUCUGGAACACAUGGGAAUUCCUUAGGAUCAAGACUGCGCUUCCCGCUUAUUGCUUCAGAGUCAGUGCAGCUGUAGCAGCAGCCCUGUCAGCUGCAAAGCACAGGCAGAGAGGAGAGCAGUGUUCUGUAUCCCUGUCCCCUUCACCUGCCAUCC